UCGCAUUCAUCUUCUCAUCAAAGUGAUUGCAGAAACUAUCAACACACUGUUCAAGAUGAAGUCGUUCUUUGUCAUCACUCUAGUUCUAUUUUCAUGUCUGUGUCUUGUUGGAGUCACCCAAGCCGUUGCUGUUUCAAAGGAAGGAACGCAAGAUGAAGCUUUUGACCCUGAACACAUUCUAGAUUCAGGCGAAUUACUGACCCAGACGGAAGAGGAUAAAAUCUCUGAAAUUAGAAAGCAAGUAUUGUUUCUUCAGGAAUCCGUUGCUGAGAUCACCCGUUCCUUCUCAACUCUCGAGCUCGUUGCGAGGAAUCCAUCAAUGAUGGCCAAGAUUCACAUUCCUGACUCUGUCGAGACCGAUCUUGAGCUGGGAGAACCUGAAAAGACACGGCGUCGAAGGGAACUCGACUCGCAAUCGACUUUCCCGACAUCGUUCCCACCAUCUGGUGCCGAGCAGCAAAGCCUGGGUCAGAACCCGUUUGGACCAUACUCAUGGCCUAUGUAUUCUGGUCAAUGCUUUCUGUGUCCUGCUGGUGUUCCUGGUCAAAGAGGUCCUCUAGGGCCACAGGGGACUGCCGGAAGGGACGGGAGAGAUGGACGGGAUGCGCCGACAGGUCCACAAGCUCAAGAAGCCCCCACUUCACCAAGUGACGAAACAAACCCAACUGAAUCCCGCGGUGAUGCAGUAGUGCGUCCAGUAGGUAACAUGACAAGUCUCCCUGGUGUCAUCUACAUUCGCUGGGGUAACGAUGUUUGUCCCGAAGAUGCAGAACUCAUCUAUUCAGGUACUAUUGGAGGUGCAUACUACAGUCAUACUGGUAGCGGCUCAAAUCAUCUCUGCAUGCCGGAAGAGCCUAUCUAUGACGAAGUAGAAACUUCCCUACACGUGGAACGAGCCCGAUUAUACUCCUCUGAAUACCAAGUCAAUACUGGUCCUUCACGCAUUCAGCCAAUGCAUGACCACACUCCCACAUGCGCAGUGUGCAGGGCGCCCUCUGGCCGCACCAGCAAACUUAUGAUUCCUGCCCGCAACGUAUGUCCUUCCCAAGAGUGGCGUUUAGAGUACGCUGGUUAUCUUAUGGCAGAGAAAUACACACACAAGAGAUCGGAAUUUGUGUGUGUGGACCGAGAGAUGGUUCCUAAAGCGGGUACCCUGGGGGAUCAGAAUGGUGCGCUGUUGUACAUGACAGAAGUCCGGUGUCUGGCGGGUGGGGGUUUGGAUUGUGGACCCUACAUCGAUGGUUACGAAAUUACAUGCGCUGUCUGUACUAUCUAGUCAUUUCAAUAAACUAUUUUAUAUUUCAUAUAGUUUGGCACAGUUUUCAGUUCUUCAGUUCCAUGUUUUUAAUACACCUUAAUUCCAUACACACAACGGUUGAAAAAGUGUCUGAUGAAAUCAGGCCUAGUUUGUCCUCUUUUUGUGUAACGAAUACAUUAUUUAGGAUGCAAAUUGUAUUUAUUUAUUGUUGCUAUAGGCUUGCCCUACCGAAAGAAAAUGAAAUGUCUGAUAUUCGCAUUCUGACUAUUGAAAUCAAACUAUUUGCAACAGGUGAAUAAAAUAUAUUGCAACCAUGGCACUUAACAAAGAUUUGCGCAUUAAAUUUGAUUACAUUACGAAAUUGUCCUUUGCCUAACUGUUUGGUAUUUGGGAAGACUUUACGAUCAAGAUGUUUGACGUUACACAUAUCAUAUUGCAUUAACGCCAGCAUGUUUCGAUAGGGAAAAUGUAGGCAAAACGGUUUUCCAUGCAGGAAUAUAUUAAGCAAAGAGCAAGGAUCGAACCCGGGGCCUCUCGCGUGAGAGUCAAGAGCCUUUAUCAAUUUAUAUCACAGUGCUUUCAUUAUGUAUAUGGGUUCUUGUACAGAAAUAAUAACAAGCAGUAAUAUUUCUGGUUUCUUUUAUUCCCACGUAUAGAAGAAGAUCACAUUUGCAACAACACGUUAAACGGACUUCUCUUGAAACAUCCCAUUACAGCUCGAAUAUAUUUAUAUCAUAUAUAUAUAUAUAUAUAUAUAUAUAUCUCAAAUAUCCCUCUUUUGACGCCGUGUGGUGUGGAAUCUGUGUGUGCAGUGCUUUUUGAAAUUAAAUUUCUCUAUACGAUUUA